AUUACCUGGACGGCACUGACAGCAGAACGUCAACUUUUUGUCGUCUGUCAUCAGACAAGUUUCAAUUGCUGAAGAUGACGUCACGUCUAGCUGAGACCUUGCUGUGUUUAGCUGCAGCUCUAGCCGUGACGCAACAGUUCCAGCUGCUAGCGGUGCCAGAGUUCCUGGACCUGAGCCUGACCCCUAGCGCCACCCUCGAGUGCCGGCACGAGCCUAGCACCAGCACCAGCAUCGUGGAGGUGCACCGGGUCAGGGUCGACAAGCAGACGGCCGGCGGCUGGACCCUGGUGGCGGAGCUGCUGGACUACGACCCUCAGGCCCACGUCACCCCCGGGGUCACGGCCUGGGGUCAGAUCGGGUCGCCGGACGUGACCUUCCUCAAGGUCAGCUGGAACAGCAUCACGUCUGAGAUCCUGGGCGUGUACAGGUGUGAGCUGGUGGGUAUGGACGCGGCAGACGACUUUGUCGUGGAGAAGACGCCGACGGUGUCCUUCAAGGAGAGCGGGCUGUCGUCUGCCGUCGUGGCGGAGAUGAUCAGGAACCAGACGGCGCCGCUGCAGCAGGCACUGGAUGACUUCAAGAGCCACACGCGUCAGGAGAUGUCAGACAUCAUCAACAUCAUCAGGGAGAACCAGAUCGGCGAGCUCAACCUCAUCACCAGCCUGCAGAUGAACCUCAGCAGCCAGAUCAGCUCUCUCGUGCAGAAGGUUGAGGAACUCGACGCCAGGGUCACCGUCCUUGAGCAGGGCGUGACGUCAGUUCCUGCUACAACAACUGCUCAGACCAUUUCUCCCACUGUAACCAUGGUAACCGACACGACCACGGCAACAACAACAGCGACGACCGGCAACUUGGUUUGGCCGGAAGGCACGUACGGCUUGUAUGAGCCCAACACCAGUUGUCCGGAAAACACCGGCCAGGCGACCUGGUUUAGAGGAUAUCGCCGGCACCACACGGUUUCCGGUCAAAACUUGGACGAGAUUUCCCCUAACGGCCACAUGGCCACGCCGGUCAUGCAGACGGUCAACACUGACCACUACUUCUACCAGAGAUUCUGCAUGGUCGACAUGCCGUCCACGGGACCGGCCUGGCCCAGGGGAUCCUACUGCAUCAACCGGAAGGGCGGGGCUUGUCCGGCCGGCUUCAAUUCCGGUUUCAUCUUCAUCGACGACAACGGCAGCCAGCAGGACCAGGUGUCGGGGUCGGUUCCCGACGGCACCUACACGACAGACACGCAGAUCUACUACUGCUGUCGUAACGACAGCACGGCGCAAGAGGCCAUCGACCUGCCGACCGGCAAACCGUUCUACCUGUACCGGUUCGGCCGUGAGUGCCAGUUGGUUGCCGGCAUGUCGGAGCGCCGGGAGUGGAUCCUGAUUGACACGGCUAACGGCGCCAACCACGACCGCUACGAGAACGACUGGCACCCUGACGGCAGCAUCCAAGACAUCCGCAUCCAGCUGUGUUACUACACCUCACAGUAGGGGGGGGGGGCUACAUGU